UCCUUAAAAUUCUGUGCAAAGAUUGGUGCUAUUAUAUUUCUUAAAGCGAUUUAGCGUAUAAUUACGUUUUAUAUAAUAUAUAAUAUAUACUCUGUGGGAUUAAUACCGGUAUUUUUUUAAGGUAAUGGAAUUUCAGCCACCUAAUUUAAAAAAUUGAAUGCUAAUGAACUCAAACAGGAAAUCUAAUUCUAUUCAAUAACUGAUUUUGCAACAUUCAUAAUGAGCUCAUUUAACUGCAGUUCGUCUGAUUUUCGAAAGUUGGUUCAUUUUGAUCUGAAAGGUGCUCCUCCAGUUGUAUCAUAUUAUGAGCAGAUAUUUGGACUGUUAAAAAAGUUAGGAGCAACUGGAAUUUUAAUUGAAUAUGAAGAUAUGUUUCCUUAUCAAGGAGAUCUACAAAUUGUUUGCCAGCCAGAUGUAUACAGUAAGGAAGAAAUACAAAAAAUUCAGUCAUUGGCUGCAGAAAAUGAUUUAGAAGUUGUUCCCUUAGUUCAGUCAUUUGGACACUUAGAGUUUUUAUUGAAACAUGACAAGUACUAUGAAAUUAGAGAAGCUGAACGCUAUCCAAAUGCUUUAUGUCCUUCACAUCCAAAAAGUGAAUCUAUUGUCCUUGAAAUGGUGAACCAGAUAAUUGAUAGCCAUCCUAGCUCAAAAUUUAUUCAUAUUGGUGGUGAUGAGGUGUGGCAUCUAGGGCAGUGUGUCAGUUGUAAAGAAAAAAUGAAAGCUGAAAACUGGAAAAAAGAGCAUCUCUUCCUAGACCAUAUUUGUCGAAUUAUUAAGAAAAUUCGUGAGAAGUAUCCACAUAUUGAAAUAAUUAUUUGGGAUGAUAUGAUGAGAGAUAUAGAUGUUAAUAUCUUAAUUUUUUCUGAAAUUGGAGGCCUUGUAAUUCCGAUGGUAUGGCAUUAUCUUCCUACAGAAGAAUUUAAACUCAAGAAUUCUCUUUGGGAGAAAUAUUCUAAAGUUUUCCCAAGCAUAUGGAUUGCUAGUGCAUUCAAAGGUGCUACAGAAAUGACACAAUUGGUCACUCCAACAAGGUACCAUGUAGCUAAUCAGCAAGCUUGGUUAAAAACGCUUAAAACAUUCGGAAACUUGUUUAAAAAAGUACAUGGAAUUGCAGUUACAGGAUGGCAGCGUUUUGAUCACUAUACUGUUUUGUGUGAAUUGUUUCCUGUGGCCUUGCCUACAUUAGCAGUUUGCCUACUUACUUUGAUGCAUGGAGAUUUUGGAGAAAAUGUUCACAAGACAGCAUCUUCACUUCUAGGUUUUCAAAAUUUGAUAGAAAUGGAUGCAUUUCCUAGGCCUCAACCUGUUGGUCCACCACCAUUAUUUCCAGGAGGAAAUAUACAUAACAGCUGUCUACUUCUUGCUAACUGCAUUACUGAAUAUCAUAUUCUUAUGCAUCAUCCCAGCAUUGAAGGAGCUUUCAGCAGUUUCCAAAUAAUGCACAAUAGAGUCAACACAUUACAUAUCGACCAGUUCCUACCAAGAGCUAGAAUACUCUUGAUGAAUUUAGAAGCUAUUAAUGCACAACUUGAAGGAGAAUUAGGAAAAAUAUUCUACACAAGUACAGUGGAAGAAUUUUUAGCAGUCAAUAUCAACCCUUUCCUAGAGAAGCUGCGGAAACUUGUCCGAGAUGCUGAUCAACAAAUUAUUUUUCAUUCACCACCGGAAGAAAUACGUUCAAAUUCAAGUUAACAGUAUACCAAAUGUUCAUAUGUUAGUAAUUUUCAAUCUCUUUUUCAAUCAAGCCUUGUCUUUUUAAUUCAAUUGAAGCAUUUAAAAUAAUUAUAAACUUCUUUAAACUAUAUACUUGUAAGACUUUUUUUUUUUAAAUCUGUAACUUAUUCUUUUGAAAUAAAAAUGUUUUUGUGGU